AUGGAAAUAUUUGGAGAUGCAACUUCGGCCUCUUCAAUUGCGACACAACGACAGCUCAGAAUGCCUCCACGGAUACGCAUACGGCCACGUGCCCUCGGCGCCUGCACUUCACACCCCAGGCAUGCUACCCUCUCUCUCCCAGCAAUCGCAACCUACGCCUCGGCUGCAACCGCCUCAGCAACCACCCCCGCACCCCCCAUCCAGCAGACACACAAAGCCGUAGCCCCCGUGCUACGAUACCCGCCCACGCAACCGCCCUCUCACAAGCCGCCGGAGGUCCGCAAGACGCAAUUACACCGACAGUACCAAUCGCUGCUCAAGUCGUCGCCUCUGAUUCUGAUCUUCCAGCACAACAAUGUCAAGGCUGUGGAAUGGAUGAGCAUACGGCGGGAGCUCGCCAUAGCGCUCAAGAAACUGGAUGCCCAGCGGGCGGGCAGCGGCAAGGAACCGCUCGCCGACGAGAUCAAGAUGCAAGUUAUCCAGACCAACAUUUUCGCCAGCGCAUUGCGAGUCGCCGAGUUCUUCCACCCCGAAGACUCGACGCUGGACCACGCACAGCAUCCCACGGAUCCGCAGACGGCGACGAGCGCGCAGAUACCGCAGACGAGCAGCCAUGUUGCCGACGAGCGCUUUACGCACGGGCUGUCGAGACGAGCCUAUGAGAUUGCCAACAACAGAAAGCUCAAACUGGAAUUGGAACCCCUUCUAUCAGGGCCCCUGGCCGUCGUCGCUUUCCCCGCAGUCGCCCCCGAAUAUCUCAAGGUAGUUCUGUCGAUUCUCUCGCCUUCGAAACCAGAUUUCCCCGCUCCAAGCCGGAGAGCUAACCCAGACUACUACGAGCCUGCUGUGCAGGCCGGUCUCCAGAAGCUCAUGCUACUGGGCGCGAGGGUAGAGGGCAAGGUGUUUGAUGUCGAGGGCGCCAAAUGGGUUGGUGGUAUUGGUGGGGGCAUCGACGGUCUCAGGGCGCAACUCGUUCACAUGCUCCAGGGCAUUGGUGGAAGCCUUACCUCCGCUUUGGAGGGCGCAAGCAAGAGCUUGUACUUUACUGUCGAGGCACGCCGACUCGACAUGGAGGAGAAGGAAAAGGGUCCCCAGGAAGAGAAGAAGGAAUAAACACUUUACCUUUU